UUUUCAGAUGGAGGACGAUGAUGGACGUGAAUCGUUCGAGAUCAACGACAUGGAUCUCGAAUACGCAAUGAAUCCAGGCGGCAGGCGACGGUUUCAGAAUAAGGAUCAGGCGACAUAUGGUGGGGAGUCUUUGCACCUGACAGCGACGAUGAUGACGAUGAACAAGGAACAAGCCGAGGGCCUUAUAAAAAACGAUCAAAAAUAAGUGCACCAAUGAGCUUUGUGAGCGGAGGUAUUCAACAAGGAAAUAAAAUCGACAAAGAUGAUCCAGCGUCUCUGAAUUUGAAUCUUGGAGGCGAGAAAAAGCCGAAAGAAGAUGACGAAGGCUCCAUUCAAAUUGAUUUCGAUAAAAGAACAAAAAAAGCACCGAAACAGAACGGCGCCCAAGUUUUCGCAGGAAUGCGCUCAUCAGCUAAUCAUGGAGCGGCAGAUAUUAAUCAAUUCGGUAGCUGGAUGAGAGGAGACGGAAAUUCGAAUAAAAUCAUGAAAAUGAUGCAGGCAAUGGGUUAUAAGCCAGGAGAAGGUCUCGGAGCACAAGGUCAAGGAAUUGUGGAACCAGUUCAAGCUCAAUUGAGAAAAGGAAGAGGAGCUGUUGGAGCUUAUGGAAAAGAAUCGACAGCUACUGGACCAAAGUUUGGAGAAUCUGCAGCGGAUGCACAGAAAAGAAUGGCUCAAGAGGGAACAUCAUCUCGCCCCACAAAUGAUGAUCAAGAGAAGAGUGGAUUGAAAAUAAAAGGAAGUUGGAAGAAAUCUCAAACAGUGAAGACCAAAUACAGAACAAUCGAAGAUGUGAUGGAGGAAGGAAUGUCAGCAUCACGACCAGCUUCUCAUCAACAAUCACAGCAAUACUCGAACAUUAAAGUAAUUGAUAUGACUGGAAAACAACAAAAAAUCUACUCGGGUUAUGAUUCAUUCUCUAUGAAAACUCGAUCCGAAUACGAUACUGUCGAUGAUGAAGAACGGACUGUUUUUGAUGUGCCGGAAUUGAUUCAUAAUUUGAAUUUACUUGUGGAUCUUACUGAAGAAGGAAUUCGAAGAAGCAAUCAACAAUUGAUCAGUUUAAAGGAUCAGACAACAGCUCUGGAAUAUGAUCUACAACAAGUUCAGAAAUCUCUUGGAACAGAAGAACAAGAAGCACAACAUAUAAAAGAUGUAUACGAGCUCAUCGAUGGAUUCUCAUCUAAUCGUUCACCGUCCAUGGAAGAGUGCCAAGAAUUGUUCAGACGUCUGCGAUCAGAAUUCCCACAUGAAUAUGAGUUGUAUUCUCUUGAAACUGUUGCUAUACCAACUGUUCUUCCACUAAUUCAAAAGUAUUUCGUUGCCUGGAAGCCGCUCGAGGAUAAGAAUUAUGGUUGUGAACUCAUCUCGACAUGGAGGGAUAUUCUGGAUGACAGUAAAAAUGGAAGAAAGAUGACAUUUGGGCAUAAUAAAACAAAAGGAGAUGAGAUUAGAGCCUACGAUCGUAUCAUCUGGGAAGGAAUUCUUCCAUCAAUUCGCCGUGCCUGUCUUCAGUGGGAUCCGAGCACACAAAUGCACGAAAUGAUUGAACUCGUCGAACAAUGGAUACCUCUAUUAUCCGCAUGGAUUACUGAAAAUAUUCUGGAGCAACUGGUUGUUCCUAAAAUUGCGGAACGAGUUAAUCAAUGGGAUCCGAUGACAGAUGAAAUUCCGAUUCAUGAAUGGCUUGUGCCUUGGCUUGUACUUCUUGGAGAUCGUAUUCAAACAGUGAUGCCUCCAAUUCGACAGAAAUUAUCAAAAGCUCUGAAACUAUGGGAUCCAAUGGAUAGAAGUGCUCUUGAGACACUGAGACCAUGGCAGAAUGUUUGGUCAGCUGCAACAUUUUCAGCCUUUAUUGCACAAAAUAUUGUUCCGAAACUAGGUGUUGCAUUGGAUACGAUGGAAUUGAAUCCAACGAUGAAUCCAGAAUAUCCUGAAUGGACAGCUUGCAUGGAAUGGCUUGAAUUUACACAUCCUGAUGCAAUUGCUAAUAUUGUUACAAAGUAUUUCUUCCCGAGGUUCUACAACUGCCUCUGUCUUUGGCUAGAUAGUCCUGGUGUCGAUUACAAUGAAGUGAAGCGUUGGUAUGGAUCCUGGAAGGCUCGAAUUCCACAAGUUCUUGUUAAUUAUCCAACUGUAAAUGAAAAUCUUCGUCGCUCAAUGAUCGCAAUAGGGCGAUCCCUUCAAGGAGAGAAAGUCGGCGGACUCCAAGCCACUCCGAUUGCUCCAAUGGCUCCACCACCACCAAUGGCACCACACUUUACUCAAGCUGCACCUGUUCAGAAACUGUCAUUAAAAGAAAUUAUCGAGUACACAGCUGGAAAGAAUGGAUUCACAUAUCAUCCACAAAAAGAUCGAUACAAAGACGGACGACAAGUAUUUUGGUUCGGUGCACUUUCGAUUUAUCUCGAUUCGGAAAUGGUUUAUGUGAUGGAUCCAAUCGAAUUUGUAUGGCGACCUUCAGGGCUCAAUGAGCUUAUUCAAAUGGCUCAAGGUGCACAAGGAUAAUCAUUUUUAACAUAUCAUAUGAUCUUGUUUAAACUUACGAUAAAAGUUAUUUUAAUUUA